UGAGCGAGAGCCGCGGCUCGUGCUCUGGGUGACACUCGGAGCGGGAGUCAUGGGGAAGCUGCAGGAAUUUGACAUCACUUUUACCAACAACAAGGUGGUCUACGGUCCGGGGGAGUCCAUUAGCGGAACCGUGAGGAUUCGAACCGGCAGCUCGCUGCCGUACAAAGCCAUCAAGGUGAACUGCCAGGGCUCAUGUGGGAUCUCGAGCAAAGUGAACGACUCCUCGUGGAGUGUGGAGGAGCAGUACUUCAACAGCACGCUGUCAGUAGCUGACAAAGGAAUUCUUCCGCCGGGCGAGCACAGUUUCCCGUUCCAGUUCCUCCUUCCAGUCGCUGUCCCCACGUCUUUCGAGGGACCUUUUGGGAAGAUUAUUUACCGCGUGAAGUCGGCCAUCGACACGCCUCGCUUCUCCAAGGACUACAAAUCCCAGAGGCUCUUCUACAUCCUCAACAUGCUCAACCUCAACGAGGUUCCGGACAUCGAAAAUCCGAGUUUUGCAGUGACCACUAAGAAGUUCACCUACCUCCUGGUGAAGACGGGAACCCUGAUGCUGAAAACCUGCAGUGACAUGAAGGGUUACGUUCCGAGUCAGGUCAUCAAGUUAGCCACCGAGAUCCACAACAAGUCCGGCAAAGACACGGGCUACGUCCUGGCCAGUCUCGUACAGAAAGUGACCUAUAGGACCAAGCGGCCGGUCUUCGACCUGCGGACCAUCGCGGAGGUGGAGGGAGCGGGAGUGAAGGCCGGGAAGCACGCGGAGUGGAGGGAGCAGAUCAUCGUCCCUCCUCUUCCUCAGUCGGCCCUCGCCGGCUGCAGCCUCAUAGACAUCGAAUAUUUCAUUCAGGUGUCGCUAAAAUCUCCUGAGACAGUCGUCACGCUGCCCAUCUUCAUCGGAAACAUCCCGGUGAACCUGUCUCCCUCGAUGCCCGUCCCCCCCGGUCCAGACCCGACUCUGCCACCCGGUCUUCCGGGGGUGACGCCGAGCGCCCCGCCGGUGGAGGUGGACCCGGAGGACGAGCUCGGCGCAGGAGGCUUCGCCAACGAAGAGCUACCCACCAAGAGUCACUCUCAGCAGGACCCCUCGGUGCCGCCGGUCACCAUGUCCCCCAGCGCCUUCAGCCACGCGCCGGGCCAGAGGAGACCCGAUGCGUCCGCCCCGCUGUUCUGCUUGUCCACAGGAGCAACCAUCCCGUUCUUCAUGGAGGGAAACGUGACUCCGAUCCCCACUUCCUGUUCCCUCAUUCUGCCUCCAGAGUACAGCAGCUGCGACUACCCUCAAGAGCCGCCUCCCACCUACGAGGAAAGCUGCAGCAGCUUUGACAGCAGACAGUAA